CCUCGACUCUCUAUCACCUUACACGGCCAGAUCCCAUCUCUUUCUUUCCUGCGCAUCGCAGUUCCCAUUACUCGCUCUUGUGUCCAUUAGCGAACGAGUCCUGCGAUCAUUUCGUGCGUCGCGCCGAUAAAAUCAGUCAUCGAAACUUCGCACCCUGGGCAUUUCUGCAUUUAAUUCAAUUGGCCGAUCGGUUCCAUCUCGCGCCGACUCCCUCUCUCUGGUGGUUACUUGACUCUUGGGGCGUGUUUCGACUUCACUCUGCUUGGCGGCUACUGGGAGUUGGGAAACUACAACAAACCGGGUCCCGCUAUCUCCUCUGCUCUAGACAAGCAUCCAGACUUCUUCCCUCCCGACUGCGUCCUCGUCACCUCACGACUCCAAAGCGCACACCCCUUUUGAUCGAAUCUUCCUCGAUACCCUUUCAUCAGCACUGAUCUUGCCCAUUUCGAAUUCGUUUGUCAGAUCAAUACAGGCCCGGGUCGUCCCAGUCGUAGUGAUUCCAGAACACAAUGGCUUCUAAGCAGUUCCUCAGAGAAUACAAGUUGGUGGUGGUUGGUGGAGGAGGUGUCGGUAAAUCAUGUCUUACGAUUCAAUUGAUCCAAAGCCAUUUCGUCGACGAGUACGAUCCUACGAUUGAAGACUCGUACCGGAAGCAGUGUGUCAUUGACGAGGAGGUCGCCCUGCUUGACGUUCUCGACACAGCCGGUCAAGAAGAGUACUCCGCCAUGCGGGAGCAGUACAUGCGGACAGGCGAAGGCUUCCUGCUCGUAUACUCCAUCACGUCUCGCCAGAGCUUCGAGGAAAUCACCACAUUCCAACAGCAAAUCCUGCGGGUCAAGGACAAGGACUACUUCCCCAUGGUCGUCGUGGGUAACAAGUGCGAUCUGGAGGGCGAGCGGGAGGUCACCAGGCAAGAGGGCGAGAACCUGGCGAGGUCGUUCGGAUGCAAGUUCAUCGAGACAUCGGCGAAAUCCCGAAUCAACGUUGACAAGGCUUUCUACGACAUCGUCCGCGAGAUUCGACGGUACAACCGCGAGAUGCAGGGCUACUCACAGGGUAGUGGCAUGUCUAGCGGACCAGGCGCCGUCAAGCCAAUGGAGGUCAGCGACAACGAUACUGAGGCCGGAUGCUGCUCUAAGUGCGUGAUAAUGUGAGAGGUGUUGGAACCGCAACGGGCGAGACCUCAAAAGAAGUCCGCCAAGUGCAUGGCUUGGGAUGAAGCUAGGCAAAAAGAGCCCCAGGUCUCCGCGACUCGACGGGCCGUCUUGGACGCCUAGAUUUUAUACGACACAUUUGCAUCGAUUGGGGGAGUCGAACUCUUUCUCUCCCGGAUGAUAAGGACGGACAACAGGGGCCUGCAUUUCUGGGGGAGUUUGCGGUGGAUGUUCGGACUCUUUAUGGACAUGACCAGAUCAUGGCCUCGUUCUGAUUGCCGCGCCUCUCUGACUUGCCAACCCCGAGGAUUAUGGACGCUUUACAGAACUUUUAUUUACUACUACCCAGGGUUUUCUAGCAACCUUUUUCAUUUUCUUUCUUCACCUUGGUCUUCAACUACCAGCAUAAUUUUUGACUUUUCUUGUCUAUGUCUCCUCGAAUAGGUUCACGGCGUCCUGCGUGUGGUUGGUCGAAAGAGGAGGGUGAAAAACCCAACAAUCUCAUUUAUACCCUUCG